CAGACGAUGUCUUAUUGCACCCUGAUGUUGACCUGGUCUGCAUCUACAUCUCACCCCCACUCACACGGCAGAUUGCCGUCAAAGCUCUGGGUAAGACAACACAAAUGCACGCACGCACGCUUGUACACACACACACAGUUGGGUUCUAUGGUGUCCAGCCCCACCCAGGAGUGUGGCAGACUGGGGCUCUUUCCUGCUCCUGCCCCGUGGGAGAGUGUGGGUAAUCACAGUAACAAUCCCAGUGUUUACACCACAAACGUUGGCACAAUGCCUACACAACWCUCAGCAAACACAAAAUACUCUUAUUGUGCUUUCAUAGCACACAAGUAAUUGACGAGGCCGUAGGGAAGCAAUGCUUCCGCAAACUUACAUAAACAGUACAGUCUCUGAACACUGAUACUGGCUGCAUUCCUCUUCUAAUCUGUCUGGACUCAUACCUCGCAUACCUCUCCCCCCCCAUCUCUCUCCCUCUCCAUGGCUGAGGCUCUUUCACUGUAUUCUGAUUGAUUUACAAUAGUUGCCAAUAAACUUUAACUGAAUCGUGAGUUUUGAGGUACUAGUAGGUUAUGUCAGAGGAGGUGAAUUGACUGUCUUAUCUGGGUGAAUUCCUGAGUGUUGACCGUAGCUUCCUGCUUUAGUUCCUGCUUCCUGAGAGUGUCUCCACCAACCGGCAGGUCCCUCCCUGCUCUGGGGGAGGGACGUGCUCUUUGUGUGUGUGUGUGCGCGGCAGAGGGGUCUGGACAGUAUGUUCUUCCUCCUUCUGUGUCGGUYGAUUGUUGGAACCCCUUAGUUGGGUGGGGCUUUAAGGUCAGGGAUGAGGUUAUAUUUGCAUAUAGACACACACACAGUUAAUAAAUAGUGCCACAACCUACAUACACACAUGGUGGAUGUUGAAGCAUAGAGGUGCUUUCAGGAACAUCUCUCUCUUUCUCUCUCAGGGAUAGGUAAGAAUGUGGUAUGUGAGAAGGCUGCUACCGCUGUGGACGCGUUCAAGAUGGUGACUGCGGCGCGGUACUACCCCCAGUUGCUGAGCAUUGUGGGUAAUGCUCUGCGCUUCCUCCCAGCAUUCGUAGCAAUGCGGCAGCUGCUGGCAGAGGGAUACGUGGGUGAGCUGCAGGUGUGUGACGCCCGUGUCUAUGGCCCCAGUCUGCUCGAUCAAUCAUACGGCUGGACCUGCGAGGAGCUGAUGGGGGGUGGCGGGCUCCACACAGUUGGCUCUACCCUCGUGGACCUGCUGAGUCACCUGACGGGAGCACGGGCGAUACGGGUGCAUGGCCUUCUCCGGACGUUUGUGCGGCAGAAUGGAGCGAUCCGCGGGAUCCGCCGCGUCACCAGUGAUGACUUCUGUUUCUUCCAGAUGCUGAUGGGAGGGUCUGGUUCUGGACGAGGGACUGGGACUGGGUCAGGAGUGUGCUGCACUGUGACUCUGAACUUCAACAUGCCGGGGGCCUUUGUCCACGAGGUGAUGGUUGUUGGGUCAGCAGGGAGGCUGAUUGCCAGGGGGACAGAGCUGUAUGGGCAGCGAAAUGGAGGGAACGGGGAGGAGCUGCUGCUAGGGGACAGCGAAGGGACAGGACAAGAGGUCAAGGAUGUCCCCCUGCCACACCUGCGGGGGCUAGGCUCCAUGGUUAAGGCUCUAAAAGAUGCUUUCCAGGCACAGGAAGAGCGUCGGUCGUGGGUGCGGGGGCCAGUUGCCAUGGCGUCGACGUUUGAGGAUGGGCUGUACGUGCAGACGGUGGUGGAGGCAGUGAAACGGUCAAGCCGCAGCGGAGAGUGGGAAAGUGUGGAGGUCAUGACACAGGAACCAGAUCCCAACCAAAACCUCUGUGAGGCGCUGCAGAGAAACAAGAACUGAAUACUCGUUUAUAUAUACACACACUAAUAUAAAUGACCUUCAGACAGCCUGUCCUGAGGAGACUGUCCCCUAUCAACCACUACCCUGUGUCUGGCGUCCUCUUCCGUGCAUCAGGGCCACACUCAAAGCCACAGCAUCCUGUCCUGCAAGAACCCACAGCCAGGCAGACUGGUGGGCACACCUUCUACUUGAUGUGAACUCUUCUUCUCAGCAGAGUUUGUGUGUGCAUGCCUGUGUGCGUUUUUAAAAUUUUCCAGCCAAUCCGACCCUAGUUCCCCUUACCCACACACAUUCCUGUCAAAUCAGUGAACACCUUGGAGGAAGUGUUAAGUAUUCACACUACAGUUUCUCACUGUGCCUCACUACUUCUGCUGAUGUAAGAAAUGUUUGGAGUUGUUUACAUAUGUCACAGAUGAAAUGUAGGAUUAUCUCUUAUACAUGUGUAUUAUACACAAACUGUUACUUUUAAAGAGUAAWUUACUAACUCAAGAAUUUCAUAACAAAUCUAACUUUACUACUUCUCGUAGAGUUUACAAGAAGAUGCGUAUCAUCAGACUGCCAUCACAGCAGAGUUACUCAUAUGCAACCGCCCUUKACUUUCAGUUAUUAUUUGAUGUAUGUUUUUGUAUAUUUUAUUAUAUUGAUUGUUGAUCCCAUGUUCCAUAUCAGCAUCUCCUGCACUGCUAAAAUGCUACUACAACCUCUGUGCUGUGUACAAGCCUGUGAAUAGAAUGUGUCUGACUAUAUGGUGGAAAGACUACUGUAUUUAUUWCAUUUUUACUUUUGCGUUUUACUAAGAAAAUGCUAUGUUUUUUUAUUUAAGUAGUAUGUGUUCAGGAAGUGGAAAUUAGUCUAAGCUAUAAGAAGUUUGUUAAUGGAUAUUUAUAUUUUGUGUUUUUAAGUUAUCAUUUCAGUUUUACUUGGUGUUAUCACUGUUACACACAAUACCUGUGAUUUUGUUUUCAGUGGGGGGGACAGAGGCUGUGAAAACAUACUGUGCACUCAUGUUACUUCCCAAGUUAAUAAAUAUCUCAGUCUUA